AACGGCGGCGCUUCCAUCCGCCAUGGCGGCGCGGCCCCUGCCCCGUUCCCAGCCCCCUCACCGCUCUCACACACAGAGACGCCGGGAGUUCACCGGCUGCGGGCCGCUGCCGGGCGAAGUGGCGCUGCUAGCCAAGCCCACCAAGAGAGACCUGUUCGAAGAGACGAUUUUGGCUGAGAGGGCGCUGGAGGAGGAGCAGCGUGAGCAAGAACGUGACCUGCGGGUGCUCCGCCACUACCGCAACGUCUCCGUCUGGCACAAGGGCGGCGAGGACAAAUGGAUGCAGCGCACUGCCGAGAGGAAGGUCCGGGCCACGCUGCAGCAGUACCUGCAGGAGAUCGAAGUGAGGAGAGAGAGGCUCCGUGACUUUCUGGAGGCAGAGGAGAGCAGGCACCUUGCUGAGGUGAACGCACUUGAUGAGGAAAAGGCACAGCAGAAAGAAGCAAACAUGAAGGAGCAAGCAAAAUUACUGAGGGAGAAGAGGGAGCAAGAAAGACUACAAGUGGUGGCUGAAAAACGAGAGCAACAGUUCAGAAACCGAUGUCAUGAGUAUCGCGAGCACUGUAAAAAACUGAGUGAGAAGGAGCUGGGUGACUGCCAGCUGGCCCAGCAGGUUCUGAAGGAGAUGCUGAAAAAGGAAGAGAAGAUGCAGGAGCAGGAGUUGGAAGAGAUUUGUGAGAAGGAACUGCUGGCUAAGGACCAGGAAGCGGAGCUGAGGGCGCAGGAGGCGGCAGCACGGGUCCGGGAGAUGGUGGAUGUGCGUGAUGCCCAGGUGGCCGUGCACGCCGCUCGCAGAGAGGAGAAGAAGCAGGAGAUCAGAGAGGAGGCUGAAAGGCUGGAAAAAGAGCUGCACCAGUUAAGGAAAGAAAAUGAAGACCUUGAGAGGAAGAAGCGAUAUCAGCAGAAGGAAUGCAGGGAGAUGUGGCUCAAAGCAGUGCAGGACAGGCAGAAGCAUCUUGAUGCAGAAAAACAAAUUCAACUUGCUGAAGAGAAGGCGGUCUUGGAAAAUGAUCUUGAGGACACCGACAAGGAAUAUGAGAAGAUAAGAAAUAAAAAACAAACGCUUUUGAAGGAGCAACUUUCUUACCUGGAUCAUCUGGCUGAACAGCUGAGGAGGGAGAAGGAGCAAGAAAGAGAGGAUGAGAAGAUCUUCAAAGAAGAGAGGGAUAAGAUUUGGGCCGAGAGGGUUGAGAAACUGAAACAAGAGAGGGAAGCUCGAUUUCACAUGCUGAGAGAUGUUGUGAACGCAAGGCAGACGCAGAUGGAGGAGAAGUGUAAGUGGUUGAACACACCUUGGUACACCUCUGGUACACUUCUGGGCAGAGGCAAUUCAACACCCUGA